AUGGCUGAGUUUGAUUUCCUCCAAUCUUUUGCUCGUAGGGAGCCUGAGAUCUCUUGCGGUGUGUCUGUAGAAGAAAAGCCCUCUCCCAGAUCUGGGUGUGUAGAGGGAAAUUCUUCUCACCGACCCUCCUUUAAAGAAAUUUUGACUAAGCCUGCUUUUUCUUCUUUUAAUGAUUGCUCCACUCUGGAGAAUGUGUCAGAUGAUGAGGAUGAGGAUGAUGAGAAUUGUUCGAUUCCUUGCAUUAAACUCUCUGUUGAGGAAAAGAGGAGGGUGCAGGUUCCAUGGGUUAACGCUCUGCACAUCUUCUUAAAGGGGAAGCCUCUGCCCUUCAAAGUCAUUUAUGACAAACUUAAGGAGUUAUGGAAGCUUGUGGGUAGGUACCAAGCAUUUAAUUUGGGUAAAGGCGUCUUGCUGGUACGGUUUGAAGAUAGGAGGGACUAUGACAGAGUCCUUGGUUCUGGGCCCUGGUUUAUUGGCUCUACGAGUCUGGUGGCUAGGAAAUGGGUUGCUAAUUUCCAACCCUCUGAGCUCCAUGACGCUAGAUCGGAAUUGGUUUGGGUAAGGAUCCCAAAAAUGCCAUCUGAGUACUUUGAUAAACCUACCCUGGUUCGUGUGGGAAAUGUCAUUGGUGCCUUUAUUAAGUUGGAUUAUCAUACAGAUAACAGCAGUAGAGGUCGAUUCGCAAGGCUGUGUGUUCAAGUCUCUUUAGACAAACCAUUGCUAAGCCAUGUGAAAAUAGGACGGACAAAGCUGGAUAUUCAAUACGAGAAUGUGGCUGCCUGUUUUUCAUGUGCUGUGGCUGAGCCGUUGAAGCUGGCUGAGGAUGAAUUUGAAGCUGUGGCCGAGCCGUUGGAGCCGGCUGAGUUAGUUGAUGGGCCUGAUGUGGGCCAUGAGAUGGAUCGAAAUGUACAAGUAGAGGUAGGCUUUUGUUCACAGGCCUCUUCGUCAUAUGCACAGGAGUUAGUUCCGGAGAGCCCAAGGCUUCCAAACCCAAUAGUCAAGGGGAAGUAUUUAGAAGAGUCAGACUCUAGGGUUUCUGUUUCAUCCCUUCUCGAAGCCGCUGGUUACUCGCCUCAAACAGUUCGCAAAACCCUAGGCCCCGAUUUGGAAGAAGAUGGAGGAUUCGCAGAGUUCGGUCAACUCUCCAACCAACUUGAGGGAGUCAGUGAUAGAAAUUCUGGAGAAGAUGCUGGGAAUAGAGUUUCCGUCGAUGAAACUGACAGACAACAUCUACAUUCUGUCGGAACCGUUGGACAUCAGAAUUCCAACGGAGGAAGAGGUUCUCCUGCUAACAAGGAAUCCCCAAGUAAUCCAGGCUAUAAUAGAGAAAGGGAUCUGGAUUCCCUCAAGGAUGAGAUUAGCAUUAAGGAACCACCCGCCGCAGAUUGUGAGAAUGCCGAUAGAGGAGACGGUGACAACUUGUCUGUUGAGGGAAAGUUCAAACUUAGCCUAUCUGAUGGAGGGUCCUGUGGAAAUGGCUUUCGUUUGCGUAAGGUACUCAGGAGCGCUCGAAUAAGGGUCCCUAAACCAUCGGGUGGAAUUGAUGCCAAACGAGCCAGGCGAAUCAUCUUCAUCGACGAGGUCAAAGCUUUACAAGAGAAACUCCAGAACCCGGAUUUUAAGAAGAUUGUAGCUGAUUUGGUCAGGAACAACAUGCCUAAUAUUUUGGUCAUUACUGAACCUAGAAUUGGAGGUGUCAGGGGGAAGAUUAUCAGGAGAAGUUUGGGUUACGACUCGGAUAAUUUUGUGGACCCUUUGUGUUUUUCGGGUGGUAUUUGGGUCUUGUGGAACAAAGAUAAUUUAGAGGUUGAGGAGAUGAGCAAAACACAACAGGAAAUCACUCUUCGAAUUAAGGUCAGAUCUUCCUCCUUUCAUUUUGCUAUCUCUGCCAUUUAUGCUAGCCCUAACUUGGCCUCUAGGGGUCUUCUUUGGAAUUAUCUAUGUUCGUUAAAUUCUUAUUUGAAUUCACCGUGGUUAUGGAUUGGGGAGUUUAACGAACCCCUGAGAUCUUGUGACAAGUUUGGUGGUCGUAGAAUUAAUGCUAGGAAUGCUUCUCUUUUAAAUGAUUGUAUUGACUCUUCUAGCAUGAUUGAUGUGGGCUUUGUUGGCCCGAAGUUUACUUGGUCUAAUUUGAAUCCUAUUGCUUCUCUUAUUCAAGAAAGGAUAGAUAGAGCCUGGAUUAAUAAUGAGUUUCACUAUGCUUUCCCUGAGUCCAUGGUGUACCACCUGCCUAGAGUUGGAUCUGAUCACUGUCCGAUCCUUUUUAAAACUUGCACUUCGCACUCUUUUUUUAAAGACAAACCUUUUAGAUUUGGACCUAUGUGGUUCACUGAUCCUUCGUUUUUUGAGAUUAUUAAAUCUGUUUGGCAUGGAAAUGAUCUUGACUUUGAUAAAAUUGUGCCCGUUUUCAUUGAUCUCAUCAAAGUUUGGAAUAAAAAUGUCUUUGGAAACGUUUUUAAAAACAAAAAUAGACUGCUGGCUCGCAUUAAUGGCAUCCAGAAAGCUUUGGCUGAUAAACCUUCCCAGUUUCCCUUGGACCUUGACAAAAAAUUGAGACUUGAUUUUGCUUUGGUGCUUAGGCAAGACGAAACUCUUUGGGCUAUGAAAUCCCGAAUUAACUGGCUUAUUGAGGGUGAUAACAAUACUAAGUUUUUCCAUUCGUCCGCUUUAGUUAGAAGAAAGAAUAAUAGGAUCUAUGGCCUUAAGGAUAGUCUUGGAAAUUGGCUUUAUGGGGAUGCUUGUGUUGCCCAUGUUAUUGAUUUUUUCCAAUCCCUUUAUUCUUCUGAGCUUUCUAGCUGUAACUUGUUAUCUGUGGAUUGUCCUCUUAAUAUUAGGAAGUUGGAUUCUGCUAGCCAUAAUAGUCUGGUGUCUAUCCUUGAGUUGGAUGAAAUUAGGACUGCCCUCUGGCAAAUGAAGCCUUUCAAGGCCCCGGGACCUGAUGGUCUCCAUGCUGCAUUUUUCCAGAAAUGUUGGAAUGACAUUAAUGACACCCUGCUCAAAACUAUUCAGCAGAUUUUCUCCUCCUUUAAGAUGAAGGAUAAUUGGAAAUCUUUUCUCAUCUGCCUUGUGCCUAAGACUCUUAGUCCUGAGACCAUUAAAUUGUUUAGGCCUAUUAGUUUAGGGAAUACCUGUUACAAGCUCACUACUAAAAUCAUUGCUAAUAGGAUUAAACCCUUUGUGGAUAACCUCAUCAAUCCUAUGCAAGCAGCAUUCAUCUCUAGAAGAAGAGCUGCUGACAAUAUCAUUAUUGUCCAAGAAGUUGUCCAUACUGCUAGGACUAGUUCUUGUAAAGAGGGUUGGAUGGCCAUUAAGAUUGACCUGGAGAAAGCCUUUGAUAGGCUGGAGUGGAGCUUUAUAAGAGAUAUGCUUAUGUUCUUUAAUUUCCCGCAUGACUUAAUCAGCCUGAUUCUUUCUUGCAUUUCUUCUCCUAGCCUUGUUGUUCUUUUCAAUGGGACUGCUUCUUAUCCUUUUACUGCUUCUAGGGGAAUUAGGCAGGAGGAUCCUAUUUCCCCAUACCUGUUUAUUCUUUACAUGGAGUUUUUGUCUCUGUCCAUUGAAAAAGAUGUUCAGGAUGGGAAUUGGAAUCCUAUUAGGAUAGGUAGAGGGGGGCCUUUCAUUUCUCAUGCUCUUUUUGCGGAUGAUGUGAUUCUCUUUGCUAAAGCUAAUGAGAAAAAUUGCCUUACUGUCCUUAAUACUUUACGGAAUUUAUGUAACAGGUCUGGCCAAAAGGUCAAUUUUGAUAAAACUAGAGUGUGGUUCUCUCCUAAAGUUGAUUAUGAAAAAGUUAAGAACCUCACUGACCUACUUGGCUUUAAGAAAACUGAUAAUCUACGUAAUUAUCUUGGUCAUCCGAUUCUUGAUAGGAAGGGUAAGAAAGUUGACUUUUUGUUCAUAAUCGAAAAAAUUAGGGAUAGGCUAACUGGAUGGAAAGCUAACUCCCUUUCCUUGGCUGGUAGAACCACUCUAAUCUAUAAGAAGAUUCACUUAGUUGGGUGGGACAAGGUCACUAGGAAAAAUAGUCAAGGUGGUUUGAACCUUAGAAAAGCUAAACUUAGGAACAUUGCUCUCAUGGCCAAGUUGAUUUGGAGAGCUAAGAAGAACCCUGACAACUUUUGGGUUAGAGCUUUAAGAAGCAAAUACAAGCUUGAUAGGAUGGAACUUAGAAAGGGAACUAACUCUGAUGUUUGGAACAGCAUGGUUAAAGGGGCUGAUGUUUUCAAUAAGGGCUGUAAAGUCAUUAUUAAGAAUGGUCGGUCUACUUUCUUUUGGUCUGAUAGCUGGUUAACUAACGCCCCUCUUAGGAGUUUGAUCCAGGGUCCUUUGGGCCCUAAUGAGGAAUUUUUGUUAGUAAGUAACUGUAUCUGCACCAAUGGGGAAUGGAAGCUUGAUCAGGUCUCCUUUGAGUUUCCUCCAGAAUUACAAAGCAAAAUUAAGUCCUUGAUGUUUUCUACUAUUGAUUCUGCACCUGAUACUGUUGUUUGGAAUUUUUCUAAAAAUGGGGAGUUUUCUUUGAAUUCUGCAUAUGACCUGGCUAAUGACACUAAGGAGUGCAAUUUUGAAAAGAAUUUUUGGAAACAGAUUUGGAAUGCAAAAUGUCAUUUUAGGAUCAAACAUUUUUUGUGGACUGUGUCCCAUGACAAAAUCUGUUCUAAAUCCUUACUUUACCAUCGUAAUAUUAAUCCUGAUCUUGUUUGUGAUAUUUACCCUGACUCAGAGGAAAGCACUCUUCACAUUCUAAGGGACUGUUCUUAUGCAGUCUUGGUUUGGAAUUCCUUCUCUCAGCUUCCUGCUGAUUUCUUUCAAUAUAAUUUUAAAGACUGGAUCCUCUCUAAUUUGUCUACUGAUCUGUUUGUUUCUGGUCUGAAUUGGUCCUCCCUUUUUGCCUAUUCUUGCUGGACCAUCUGGUAUGCUAGAAAUCUUCGAAUUUUUCAGGGGAAAAGCAUGCUCCCUGAAGAAACCUUUUUUUCUAUCAAGCUUAAAGCUUCUGAGUUUGUCUUCUUGGGUCUUUGUCCUAUCAAACCUGUCACAAGAUCAAUGGUGAAUGUUCGAUGGAAUCCCCCCUCUCUAGGGUGGUUUAAAUUGAACUCUGAUGGAUCACCAGAGGGAAAUCCAGGAGUUGUAGGGCGGGGGGGGGGGGUUAUAAGAAAUGACAGGGUGGAGAGGGGAAUACAUCACCUUGAGAUUAAUAUUGAUGCCAAAGUGGUUAUCCAUUUGAUUGAGAAUGCUAAUACUGAUUUGCAUCCUUUGGCCAACAUUAUUUCUGAUUGCAGGCUUCUCAUGUCCAGAAUUCCGAAUGUCAAAUUGUCUCAGUGCUUUCGGGAAGCGAAUAGGGCUGCUGAUGCAUUGGCCAGUAAGGGUCUACAAACUGAAUCUUUUGUUAUUUGUAGUACUCUACCUAUUUUUGUUUUUGAUAUUAUUAUGGAUGAUUUGAGGGGAGUUACCUUCCCCAGGAUUGUAAACAUUUAA